AUGGGGUCAGGGUUGGGAGAGGAUCGGGAGGUCUGGAGGAUCUCCGAGGAAAUGCCUGACUUGGCUAUGGGGAAGAAUGCUGUCAGAGGAGGCUUCCUGGAGGAAUUGGCAGGGUCUGGAGGAGCCCAGAAAAAGGAGGGAUUGGCCAAGGAGGAGAAGGGCCACACAGAGGUGGGGACCCUGCUGGCCCCGCUAGUCCCUGAGGGCUCUGGGGUCAUCAACGCAGUGGCUCCUCCCAAGGCAACUCUGCUGGACCUCGGAGAUGCAGACAGACCACCCAGGGCAGAUUUUUUGAAAGGCUUGCCGGUCUACAACAAAAGUAAUUUUAGUCGAUUUCAUGCCGACUCCGUGUGCAAAGCUUCGAACCGACGUCCCUCCGUCUACCUGCCCACGCGGGAGUACCCGUCCGAACAGAUCAUUGUGACAGAAAAGACGAAUAUCCUCUUGCGCUACUUACAUCAGCAGUGGGACAAAAAGAACGCUGCCAAGAAGAGAGACCAGGAGCAGGUGGAACUGGAAGGGGAAAGCUCAGCUCCCCCUCGCAAGGUGGCGCGGACCGACAGCCCGGACAUGCACGAGGACACUUAAGACUCACGCGCCCUCACGGGCACCUCCCGUCCGGUCUGUUCCUCCAUCGCGCACCCGCCCGCCUGCCCGCCGUGUGUAAGCACCCCUGCCCACCCGCACCCUGCCAGUCCACCCGUACCCUGCCGUCUACACCACCUCCAACCUCAUAGGAGCCAAUGUAUUUAUUUUCCUUGAGUUUUUAUUUAUGCUGUAACAUGUAUCAAGUGUUGGUUAAAGGGGACUUCAGACCCAAUAGUGUGAUGUUGGUAGAUGCUUUUAAAAAAAAAAAAUUCCAUCACCAUUGCCCCUUCCCUCCCUCCUGCCCCCGCAGAAGUAGCCUCCUCCCCAUCUUCCCCACCCAGUUUGCUGUGAGGGUCUCGGGCCGGGGGCUUUGCAGCGACCUGACGGCAGGGGUGGGGGCCAGGCCCAGAGCGGCCUGGACAGCCGAGCGGCCUUUUCCUGCCUCCCACCCACCGGGCAGGCCUCUGACACUUGGGGCGUUGUCUCACAUCCCGCCGGGAACUCUUCCACGCCCAGGCCUCACUCGGAGCGUGCACGCGUGCGGGGGAGACGGCGGCCCUUCCGGAUCUUUCUCUUAAGUCAUUUUAUCAUGAACUAGCGCGUGCUCCGUGUCCACCCCAAUAAAAGGGUCUUUCCUACUCCA